AUGCCUCCAAAAGCAUUUCAGGUAUUUGAAGAUGCUAGUAGUAAGUAAAAAAUCGAAUACUUAAAGCGUGUGGGUGAAAAAGUGCUUAACUCGGUACUAAUUAUUUUAGAAGCGGUUAGACCUUACCCACGAACGAAACAAGUGAGAUCAACCAACAACCAAGCAAAGAAGAGAGUUCCAUUACAAGAUGCACCCAAUAAGAUUAAUGAGGGAAAGAAAAGGACAAAUAAGAAACCAGGACCAAAGCGAAACCGGCGAUCAGUCGCUUCCAAAAUAGUAAAAAAGGACGAUUAUUCGCUUGAGAAUCUUCGGGCCAUUUUUGAAGAAGAAGAGAAAGCUGAAACGAAGCUUGAGUUCAGAGCAACAUCUACUCCCUUCAACUCUCAAUUGGUAAAUAGUCAAGUAAUCGAAGAAGAGCAAAUCAAUAAUCAGCGAGAGCUAGAUCUUGAGAUCAAUAAAAUCCACGAUUCAAUAAAUAAAGAGAGUCUAAUACUGCUAAUGGAGCAGCUAUCGCCGCCUCCCACUAACGGAGGAAAUCGCUCACUCAAUAGUGCUGCGACGAACAAACCACAGAAAAAGCUGACCAAACCAACAAAAGCAGGUCAACAAAUUGGCGCUAAGAAAGCACCAAGAGCAGCUAAGUCAAAUACAAAAAAAACUAUUGACUGUCCUGCGGCUAAUGAUAUCAAACUCAAGAAAAAUUCAAAGAAGAAGGAGAUUGUUAAUGCACCCAAGAAAGAAUCUACACCAGGGGAAAAUAAGCGGGACCAAAUACUCGAAAAGCCUAAACAGACACAAACAAAUGCAAAGUCCAAACCUGUAUCUAAAUGCAGAACCAGGCUGGAAUCUAAAUCGAAGGUAAAUUCUAAGCCUACACCAAAAGCGCCCACCAAGACUAAAUUCAAACCAGGUGCAAAAAUAACUACAAGAAGAACACGAGCUUCUAGAGUACGCUAUAAAGGAGAACUUACUUAUAAGCAGCUAUUACUGAAGUGUGUUAAAGGAAAGGACCCUAUAGAUUUAUUGUUGUGA